UGCUUACUGCUGCUACACCAGUGGUUGGCUGGGUGGCUGGGUGGCUUGGCUUGGCUGGCUGCCUCAUCGGGCGCCCCCUCUUGCUUACCCUCCCUCCGUUCCUUUUCUCUCAUCGCGCUUUCGUUCUCGUUGUCGUGUUUUAUCCUUGCCUGGGACAGCAAUCGUAUCCCACUGUUUUCUCUACCUUACGUAGUCCUCUUUUCCACAUCUUUUGUUUCGGUCGCUUUCUUCUUGUGCAGUUUCCGCUAGCCACUUAUAGCGCUUCGUGUUGCCUCGUCCUCGGUUGAUUCCUCCAUGAGAGUGUUGUAUGGUUAUUGAGGGCUGAAUUAGGGCGGCUGUUCAUGGUGAUACGAUUGCCUGUCUUUCGAAAUUUUGGUUUAUAUGUGUAUCGUAGGUUCUCAUCACGGCGUGCAAAUGUUCCACCCCUGUUUCUGCUGGCAUGGUAACCUCUUCUGCUCCCUCUGUCCAGUGCCUCUGGGACAGGUCGAGGUUUGCAUGUUCCUGCAGAAUUAGGGAUAUGUGUGAAGGGCAUCAAGGUUUUGAGGAUUUUGGUUGGUUUUGAAGAGCGCAUGAGUGCUCUCCUUUCCUGGUCUGUUUUUAUGUGUAACCGCUUCCGGAAUUUGAAAAAGCUCUUGCAUCAGGGACACAUGGAUUAUUUACACACAUUUGGAGCUUGCAAGCAGAGCUGCACGUUGGUGUGUGCUUAUUUUACUUAUCAGACAUUGGAAUCCCCACAUUGCGAGAAAAUUCGAGCUGGGGUUACUCGCUAUUAAUGCCCAGAGUACGCUUAGGAGGUAGGUGAGUAGGUGCAGUGGAAGGCCUCACGGCAAUGGUAAUUGCUGAGGCUGACGACAUGUAAAAUGGCGACCUCUGUCGCUCUUCCUCAAUCCUUCCAGCCAAUCUCGACGCCAUUGAUAACUGCUCUCGGCAUGGGCAUGUCGUGCGUGCCGCUGGCAUCUCCCAUCAUACAGUUCGUCUUUUUUCACAAAGCCAUUCGCGUGGAGGUGGGUAGGCUUCAUAGGGAUGCGCUGGCGGUUGAGAAUGGGACGGAGGAGGAUAUCCAUGCCCUAAUUGACCGAUACAGAUUUUUGCGCACAAUCUACAAGCAUUUCUGCAGCGCAGAAGAUGAGGUUAUAUUACCUGCCCUUGAUUCUCGUGUCAAGAAUGUAGCGCAUUCCUACUCGUUGGAGCACAAAGUAGAGAGCGAUCAAUUCGAUCAGAUAGCACAGCUUUUAAGUAAUCCUCUGGCUGAAGAUGGAAGAGUCGCCUCGUCUUUGCACUCCCAGCUUGGAUCCUGCACAGAGGCCCUACAUACCACUCUCUGCCAGCAUUUAUCUAAGGAAGAGGAACAGGUAUUUCCUCUUCUCAUGCAACAUUUCACUUAUAAGGAACAAGCUGGACUGGUGUGGCAAUUCAUCUGCUGUAUUCCUGUUAAUCUCAUGGAGAAGUUCUUGCCAUGGUUGGCUUCUUCCCUCUCAGAUGAGGAUCGCCAGCAGAUGGUUGCUGUCAUGUGUGAAGUCGUUCCACCAGAGGAGUUGCUACAACAGGUGGUGCUUGCAUGGCUCAGAGGGGGUAAUAGAGCAGCAGUUUCCGAUGAUACUCUUAAAUCGAGCAGAGACGCUGAAUCGGCUGCUUGGGCUGCAAUUGAUUCAAGAGUGGCGGGAGACUUGGCAAUGACAUGGGAAUUGGAUAGAGAGAGUUCAAUGAAGAAGACUGAUCUGCAAACGAAAUCACUGAAAAGUGGACCAUUGGUUUCUCCCCUGAGGGAGCUUCUUUACUGGCACAAUGCAAUCCGCAAAGAGCUGAAAGAAAUUGCAGAAGAAGCAGCUCAAAUUCAACCAUUGGGAGCUUUAUCCCCAGCGAAGCUAACGGCUUUUAUUGAACGGUCUCAAUUUUUGGCCGAUGUGUGCAAUUUUCAAAGUUCGGCGGAGGAUAAAUUGAUGUGCCCUACUUUGCACCAGAAAGUUCAGGAGCGAGUGACAUACCUCAUGGAUCAUGCUGAGAAGGAUCGACGAUUUGAAGAUGUGCUAUGUUUGCUCAAGGGUGUACAGGCAGCUGUGAACAAUAGCACAACAGUUACUGAAUUGCAUCGUGAACUUUGUGAGAAAGCAGAACUUAUUGUAGAAUCAAUUCAGCAACAUCUAUUGGAGGAAGAGGAGGUGUUUCGUUUUACGAAAUCACAAUGCAGUAUUGAGGAGCAGCGUGCUUUACUAUACCAAAGCCUCAGAGUGAUGCCUUUGAAGUUGCUAGAGCGAGUUCUUCCGUGGCUAGUUGGUGUUUUGAACGAGGACGAAGCGAAGGAAAUGCUUCAGAACUUGCGACUGGCAGCUCCCGCUGAAGACAUGGCUCUCGUCACCCUCUUCUCAGGCUGGGCAUGUAAAGGACAUCCACAAAAUCUCUCUAGCACUGGAAACAUUCGAUGUCUCUCAUCCACAAAAGUCGAUGACUGCCCUGUAAUGAGGAUGAAACUUAAUGCAGGGAUUGGAAGCAAGUACUUGCAAAGCGGAUCGAUCCUUCCUCCACCAGAUUCAAAUCAAAAUUCAGUAGAUGUGGGUACUGUACAUGGGCCAGAUGACUCUCUGGAAACUCUUCAUACGAGAGCACCAAAGCGUCCACGGUGGGGAGAAGUCGAGUUUAAAGGCGGAGAUAAUCUAAGGGAGGUUGACAAGAGUAGAGAUCGUUGUGGAGGUUCUUCCGCAUGCUGUGCCCCAGGUUUAGGUUGUGGAAGUAUUAGUGCCCGUUCUUCAGGGACAGCCUUGUUGUCUUAUUCAACAAGUUCAGCUAGUAGUUCAUUGAGUUCCGGGCUCUUUGGAUGGGGUAGCGACAGAGGUCUAACUUCUGGUUCUGGACCAAAGCCAAUCGAUCAUAUCUUUCAGUUCCACAAGGCUAUUCGGAAGGAUCUGGAGUACUUAGAUAGUGAGUCUGCUAAAUUAGCCGAUUGCGAUGAAGAUUUUCUCAGGCAGUUUCAGGGAAGAUUUCAAUUUCUGUGGGGACUGUACAGAGCACAUAGCAACGCUGAAGAUGACAUAGUCUUUCCGGCACUUGAAGCGAAAGAAGCUUUGCACAAUGUGAGCCAUUCGUAUACAAUAGAUCACAAGCAGGAGGAACAACUAUUUAAGGAUAUUGCUGAAGUAAGUUUGAUUUCUCAACACAUUCUCAAACCUAUUUAUGAAUGGUUCAGAGAAGGGAUUCUGGCUAACAAAUUGCAAAGGAUGUGUAAAUCUAUCAAAAUUAGCCUCGAUCAUCAUGUUACAAGGGAGGAAGAAGAGCUUUGGCCUCUUUUUGAUGUUCAUUUUAGCAUUGAGGAGCAGGAUGAAAUUGUAGGACGCAUCAUUGGAACCACGGGUGCUGAAGUUCUUCAAUCGAUGCUGCCAUGGGUUACAACAGCUCUUACCGAAGACGAGCAGAACAUUAUGAUGGAUACAUUGAGACAGGCAACUCGAAACACCAUGUUUGACAAAUGGCUACGGGCCUGGUGGAAAGACAACCCUGCAUCCAGUAGCGACACAACAAUUUCUACUGAAAAUCAAUCUGUACCCUCUGCAAGCUCAAGUGAAUCACUGCAGAUGGUUGUCGAUUACUUUUCUAAAGAGGCUAUUAGUGUAGGGACAACAACAGAGGAAAGCUCCAUUCAUUCAGGUUCUGGUUUUCCAAGUAAUAUUUGCUCAGAUGACGAAGACAGGCAGGUGACCACCAUGGACAAAGCUAUCACUGAUCAGGGUAGCAAAGAUGCAGUUUUCAAACCUGGAUGGAGUGAUAUAUUCAGGAUGAACCAAAAAGAAUUGGAAGCCGCCAUUCGGAAAGUUUCUAGUGAUAGUUCCCUUGAUCCGCGACGAAAGGCUUAUCUCAUGCAGAAUCUUAUGACCAGCCGUUGGAUUGCAUCACAGCAGCAUGUCUCGCAUGAAAAACCAGUCACGGAAGGAGACAACCCUGCUGAUAUUCCUGGAAGGAGACCUUCCUAUCGUGAUGAAGAAAAUGGUAUAUAUGGUUGUGAGCAUUACAAACGUAAUUGUAAAUUGAGAGCUGCAUGUUGUGGAAAUCUUUUUCCCUGCCGUUUUUGUCAUGACAAUGUCAGCGAUCACUCCAUGGAUAGGCAUGCCACAAAAGAGAUGAUGUGCAUGCAGUGCUUACAGGUGCAGCCUGUGGCUGCUGUGUGUAGCACCCCGUCGUGCAACGGCUUCUCCAUGGCUCGUUAUUUCUGCAACAUUUGCAAGUUCUUCGACAAUGAUGAUAGGGAUAUAUAUCACUGUCCAUCGUGCAAUCUUUGCCGUGUUGGCAAGGGUUUAGGCAUUGAUUUCUUUCAUUGUAUGACGUGCAACUCAUGUAUGGCCAUGCAUCUCAAAGAACAUAAAUGCUUGGAGAAAGGUCUCGAAUCCAAUUGCCCUAUCUGCAACGACUUCUUAUUCACUUCCAACACGCCUGUCAAAGCUCUUCCUUGUGGCCACUUCAUGCAUUCUGCCUGCUUCAUGGCGUACACGCAUAGUCAUUAUACUUGUCCUAUCUGCAGCAAGUCUGUUGGAGACAUGGUGGUUUAUUUUGGUAUGCUGGAUGCCUUAUUGGCUGCUGAACAGCUUCCUGAUGAAUAUCGAAACAGAUGCCAGGAAAUUCUAUGCAACGACUGUGAGCAAAAGUCUACUGCACCUUUUCACUGGCUAUAUCAUAAAUGUGAAGGAUGCGGUUCCUAUAAUACCCGCACCAUAUAAUGUACUUCCUAGAUUCUUGCACCAACCUUUUACUUUGUGAUGUGAAAGUCUCUUUUGUACGUGAGCAUACACAAAGAUAUCAUUUAUUUUGGCACCGUAUUCUAUAAUACCCUUCUUUAGGCUUCGGUUUAUUUAGGUCUUCAAAUGUGGAUAUCGAAGGUGGGUCUUUGAGAAUACAUUUGACCUAUGAAUCAUGCCUUGAGCUGUUUGAAAGUCACGCAGCGCCUAUGCAUCACAAGACGUUUCGUAUCAUGACGAAAAAUCCGUUGAGAUUGUGCAGCUCCAACUUGAGGUGAAGAUUGUCUUUGUAGUAAAACUCAAGUGUUCAAUUCGCUUUUGUGUAUUCCUCAUGUCUGAAGACGUUUAGUUCAUUCGAAUCAGUAAAUUCACAAAUGUGAAGCGCAUAUUCCAACCUAUGUGCAGAAGUAGACCAUAGCUACGCAUAUCUUUCUGUAAUCAAGUUCAGGCUUCAGAUAGUGUACAUUGGUUGGAUGUUCCCGCUUCUCUCGGUUUAUUUUAAGCACAACUUGAUAUCCACGGCUAUCUUCUGGUUUUCCUGUA